AUGGCCCUCCAAAAACAUAAUCUUUCAUUCUUAAUGUUCUGCAUCAUCGUCACCAUUGUUAUUCCUCUUGUCCCUUGUCAUGGUACCUCUCAAGAGGACCCGCUAAACAACAUCAUUGAUGGUGGGACAUUCAACAACUUGAUCCAGCAAAGAACACAAGUUUUGAGGUUAAAAAGGUUUGUUAAUUUGGGUGUCACGUCUCUUUCAUCAAUUUCCAAGUUCAAUGUCAAUGACUUUGGAGCUAAAGGGGAUGGUAAAAGCGAUGACACAGAGGCAUUCAACAAGGCUUGGCAAGUUGCAUGUUCUUCUGGAGGAGACGUAAUUCUUGUGGUGCCUUCCGAUUAUAAUUAUCUUCUCAAGCCUGUCAGAUUCUCAGGUCCCUGCGAUUCUAGCAUUGCUAUCCAGAUUUCUGGGACACUUGAAGCAUCAGAGAACUCAUCGGACUACACUCAAGACCACCAGCACUGGCUUAUGUUCGAGAGUCUUCAGAAACUAACAGUCCAAGGAGGUGGAACCGUCAAUGGAAAUGGAGACACAUGGUGGCAAAACUCCUGCAAAACCAACCCAAGUCUCCCUUGCCAGAGCGCUCCAACGGCUGUGACUUUCUAUAAGUGUGAGGAUCUGAUAGUAGAGAACCUGAUGAUUAAAAACGCACAACAAAUCCAUGUGAAAAUUCAAGAAUCCACGGACGUGAAGAUUUCUAGUGUUACAGUGAAUGCACCAGAGGAUAGCCCCAACACUGAUGGAAUUCACAUCACCAACACCAAAAAUAUCAAAAUCUUAAACUCUCUUAUAGCCACAGGAGAUGAUUGUCUGUCAAUAGAAAGUGGAACCCAGAACUUACUGGCCACUGGUAUAACCUGCGGACCCGGCCAUGGUAUCAGCAUUGGAAACUUAGGGGAGACCGGAACCGAGGAACUUGUGUCGGGAAUAACAGUGAAUGGAGCUAAGCUUUAUGGAACAACAAAUGGUGUUAGAAUUAAGACGUGGCAAGGAGGGGUAGGAAGUGCAAGCAAGAUCAAGUUUCAAAAUAUUAUGAUGGAAAAUGUGACUAACCCCAUAAUAAUAGACCAGAACUACUGUGACCAGAAGACUCCAUGCGAACAAAAGAGCUCUGCGGUUAAGAUCAAGAAUGUGUUGUACGAGAACAUAAAAGGAACGAGUGCUUCUGAAGUUGCAGUGAGCUUGAACUGCAGCCAAAGCUUUCCAUGUGAGGGGGUUGUGCUGCAAAACAUAGACCUCCAACAAGAAGGAGGACAGAUUCCUAAAGCUUCAUGUGAAAGUGCUCUCUUGUCCUACGUUGGAUCCGUCUCCCCACGUUGCCCAUAGAACGAGUGCAAAACUGGAUCCCCGUAUACAGUAGUAGUGUGUGCCUGUGUGAUGGAUUAUUGAUAUUGGUUUGGUGUAUUAAUGUACAUAGACGCUGUUCAUAGGGAAUAUUACUUUCUACAACAGGGAACCUUCCAUGACGUCGUUGUAGGCGAUUUUAACUGAUGAGAUUUCUGGUCGAAGAUCACAUACCGGAAGUCUCUCUGAGGCGUUUAUGUGAAGAGAGAUUGUUCAGCGGUACUUUAGUUUUACUUGAAUGGAGAUGAAAGUAAU